GCUAAACACGCUCGUUCAAUCUUCGAUCGUACUAAUUUACGAACACACUUCUUGAGAUAAUUAGCAGUGAUUAGCAGAGCGUACCGAUGAUGGUGUACACUUGUGUAAAAACAAAUACAAGUUUCACGGUAAAUCAUGGCAAAAAUCCUGUAUCAUCCACCGUCUAUUGUUUAUCGCUGUAAAUUAGCAUGCCUCGAGUAAGGUUAACGUCUCGUAGCAAGAGCAGUCGAGUCGAGCCUCGACCAUAUAUGUAUACGUAUACAUACAUAUAUGUAUGCAUACAUACGUACAUACGCGUAUGGAUUUUGGGCAAGUGUGCGGAUGUAAUGGUGAAUCAAGAGUUCUGCAGAAAUUCACUUUUGAGUGACAAAACGACGUUAUUUAACAUCAGAGAAGGCCAAUAGAGGUGUGUAAAGUUUAAGUAAGAGAGAGAGAGAGAGAGAGAGAGAAUUGCGAGAGUUAUGUAAGUAUCGUGCAACAAGACCGAGUCGCAAAUUUGACAGAGUAUGAAACAUGUGCUGCGAUGUUUAUAACAUCACGUCAAUAUGAUGAUUUAUGAUGAUACGCUUUAACGUCACACGUGGAACGUAUUGUGAUGUAAAACGUUACGCCUUGCGUUCAACUCGCCUAUCGUUGUAACGCAUGACAGAUCUCAAAUGCCGAUGAUCAUGGCGCAGGAGGAAGGCGAGAAGUAUCCGAUUCAUAGAUGCAUAUUUCAAGGCAGCGUCAAGACGCUAAGUUCCUUAAUUAAGACACACGAUAUUGCUGAAAAGGAUAAACAAGGGAACACACCUUUGCAUUUAGCUGUGAUGUUAGGAAGAAAAGAAUGUGUUCAAUUAUUACUUGCACAUGGUGCACCUGUAAAAGUGAAGAAUUUAGCUGGUUGGAGUCCAUUGGCUGAAGCAAUCAGUUAUGGAGAUAGGCAAACCAUAUCAUCUUUAGUGCGCAAAUUGAAGCAACAAACAAGGGAGCAGAUGGAAGAAAGGAGGCCGAAUCUAGUUGCCGCCUUACAUCAAAUGGGCGAUUUUUAUAUGGAAUUAAAAUGGGAUUUUCAAAGUUGGGUACCAUUAGUUUCGAGAGUGUUACCGUCGGAUAUAUGUAAGAUCCAUAAAAGCGGGGCUUCAAUUCGAAUGGACACGACUCUUGUAGACUUUAAUGACAUGAGAUGGGAAAGGGGAGACAUAUCUUUCAUCUUCAACGGUGACCAAAAGCCCGGCCAUUCAUUGACUGUCCUCGACAAUAAAGCCAAACUUUUCCAAAGAGUGAGACAUAAGGAAACUGAACUCGAGAUAGAAGAUGAAGUUGAUAUUCUUAUGUCUAGUGAUAUUAUGGCAGCACAAAUGUCUACCAAAGGUAUCACAUUUUCUAGAGCACAGACAGGAUGGAUUUUUAGAGAAGAUAAAAGAGAAAUGGUAGGUGCCUUUCAUGCUGAUUUCUAUCAAAUCAAUGGCAUGGUACUGGAAAGUAGAAAACGUCGCGAACAUUUAAGUGAGGAGGAUCUUCAAAAAAAUAAAGCUAUUAUGGAGUCUCUUACUAAGGGUAGUUCUCAAGGCUUUAAAAAUGGCGAGCCUCCUCUAAGAAGAGCAUCGUUGAAUCCGCCGCCAGAAUCAAACAUCACGUGGGAUGAAUAUAUCGUUGCGCCGCCCGGUAAAUGUCCGCUUCUAGGAAGAAAUCUUGUCUAUAAGGAAAGUAGUAAAUCUUUCAAAGCUACCGUGGCGAUGAGUCCGGAUUUUCCUCUCACCGUCGACAUGUUACUUAAUGUUUUGGAAGUGAUUACGCCGUUUAAGCAUCUAAGCAAGUUACGACAAUUUGUACUUAUGAAGUUGCCUCCUGGUUUUCCAGUUAAAAUCGACAUACCGAUUUUGCCUACGGUCACUGCUAAAAUAACUUUUCAAGAGUUCGCCUUUCGAAAUGACAUAGAUCCAGAGUUGUUUCAAGUGCCAUCCGACUACUUUGAAGAUCCAAUGAGAUUUCCAGACUUAUGACGCUUCGACAUCCUAAUAUUAAUCGAGGCCACCUUAGUUGGAGUCUGUUUUCUUCUAUGCUUGGGGACAAUCUGGUUUUCGAGAUUUGGGCCAGUCUGGAAAGCAUCUAUUCACGCCAUUGUGUGUCGUUCAUUAAGUAACUUAUCAUUGUAAUUUAAUCACACAUCUAACAGCGAAUAGUGUCGAAUAUUUAUGAGGAACAUUCAAUAUAUGGAAGUAAUGCUAGAGAAGAGAUAAAUCUGUGCACUAAAAUCAGAUAAAUUUGCAUUCAGCGCGCGCAUAAUCUUUUAAUAUCUAAAUUUAAUCAUAUUUGUCCAACCUAAUUUAUAAAGAUAGAUAUCAAUUCAUGUGUCGUGUUGCAAUCGGUAGGUAUAUACUGCGUGCUAUAUGUAAGUAAUAAUUUAAUUUUUUUAAAUACCGUAUUAAAAAUUCUUUAGUCUUUUUUAAUAUAUUUUAAAAUUAAAUUAGUGAUUUCUUUUGCACGAAAAAAGUCUUUUUUUAAUAUUUAUUUU